AUGCAAAAAACAUCAAUUUGGCUUCUCCUCAGUUUAGCCUAUUCUUUAUCCAGUGCAAGGAAACAAAGAGAAAGAUAUGCUCCUGUCACUUAUCACCAAGAUGACAUCAAUGUUCUCUCCCAGGGCCUUCUACAGCUUGGAACUGAGCUCAAGAUGCAAGUGAGCUACAGCAAAAAUCACAUUGGCCACCUGUAUAAACAACUGAAUACUCUGAACGCCUCGGUAGUGGAGCUUCUAACUCAAGUCAGCCAGCAGGAGAGAAAGAAAGAGGACCUGGACAGGAGAGCUGAGCAGCUGGACAGAAGGAAUGAAGAUCUCUAUCAGCUGGUGGCUGAGCUCCAGCAUCAGCUGGUUGCAGGGAUAAAGCAGAGAGAGAAAUUCAGUGAGAGGCUAAACUUGCUGGAGCAGAAGAUGGAGGAUGCAGUGUUCUUCAAGGCAGGUGGGCUUUCUUUGACAGACGUGAUGGAUGACAUCAUGCCCUUUUUGCAAAGACAGAGCCAAAGAAUUGAUGAGCUAUUUGCUGAAGUGGAAAUGCAGCAGAACCAAUCGCAUAAACGAGAUGCCCUCAUUAAAAAGCUACGGGAAAAGGUUAAAUCAAAGCACAAACUCAAAUCAGUGAAAAAUGGAAAUGGAAAGAAAACCCCUGAUGUGUAG